AUGACAGGGAAAGUUUACUUUAUCUCAGGUGGGAAUCGUGGAGUUGGGUAUGAGUUUGUUAAACAACUAUCAUCGAACCCUGAAAACACAGUCCUUGCAAGUGCAAGGGAUGUUUCAAAAGCUACAGAAUUACGAAAACUAGCUGACACUCAAGGCAAUGUUAAGAUUGUGACUCUAGACGUUGGUGACAAAGCUUCAAUUGAUGCAUUGGAUUCCCAGCUGAAGUCUGUGGCAAAAGAUGGUAUUGAUGUCAUGAUUUCAAACGCGGGUAUAGCUGAAUCAUUAGCAUUAGCCAUUGAUACAAGUCAACAAGUUUAUGAAAAACAUUAUAGAAUUAACACACUUGGUCCGAUUUCCUUGACAAAGGUUCUAUAUCCAUAUUUGGAACAAAGAGAGACAAGACACUUGAUUUAUAUUUCAAGCAUUGCUGCUUCUAUUGGUGCUCAACUUCCAUUCACCACUAACGCUUAUGGGCAAUCUAAAGCAGCUUUGAACUAUAGUGUCAAGGAGAUUAGCUUCGAAUUAGGAUCUGAAAAUUUCGUUGCAAUAGCUUUACACCCAGGCCAGGUAAACUCUGAUAUGGGAAAGGCUUCAGUUGUUGCUGCCACAGAAUUCAAUCCUGCCACCAUGGAACUAUUUAAGGACAUUAAGCUAUUAGAGCCAGAAGAGAGUGUCAAGUUGCAACUGGAAAAUGUUAUUUUGAAAUUAGGUAAGGAGCAAAAUGGUAAAUUUCUUGAUUUUCGAGGACAAGAGUUGGUUUUUUAA